CCUAAAAUUUCUGCUCUUCUUUGAACCCCUUUCUAGUCGCCGAGACCUGAACCUUGAGCGUGGAGGUGCUGUCACCUUCAAGUGUCCUGUGAUGCUGGUGGUAGGAGAUCAAGCACCCCAUGAAGAUGCAGUGGUGGAGUGUAACUCAAAGCUGGACCCCAUCCAGACCUCUUUUCUCAAGAUGGCCGACUCUGGAGGUCAGCCCCAGCUGACUCAGCCAGGCAAGCUGACCGAGGCCUUCAAGUACUUCCUGCAAGGCAUGGGCUACAUGGCAUCAUCCUGCAUGACUCGCCUGUCACGAUCACGCACAGCCUCCCUGACCAGUGCGGCGUCCAUUGAUGGCAACCGGUCCCGCUCUCGCACCCUCUCCCAGAGCAGCGAGUCUGGGACUCUCCCUUCAGGGCCCCCGGGGCAUACCAUGGAGGUCUCCUGUUGAAUGACCUUUGUUGCCCUGGUGUACGACCCAGCCCUCACCUCCCCCAGCACUAACCUGGGAGGUGCAUAGGGCACUGGGCCAGAGUAAGGAAAGAUGGGCAGAUCAUGUGGGGAGAUGAUCUUGAUCUUUGAUUGCUACCCUAACCUUGACCUCUAACCUGUGAUUCCCCUCAGAUCCUGGGAGAGAUGUCCUAAUAUCUCUUAGGGACCCAGACCCCGAAAUUAUCCCUCUCCCUCAUUUUCGUGUUAAGGUGGAGAGGACAUGUGUUCCCUCUCCCUAAUCUAGGUGUCCAUAGACAAGGGAUAAGAGGUGGUUGUAGUUGCCCCAUGGUGCCUCCAUCAGACUCUCCCUACUUAUCCCAUUGCAAGAGUAGGGGACUUGAGGCUGGGACUCCAUUCACCAAAGCUGAUACGGCUUUUCAUUAACACUUCAGAUCUCUGAAGAGUAUGGGCCUAAAUGAAUGUGUGUCAGAGGAGGCUUUCUGGUGGGUUAGUGGUCCUCAGGAUGAGAUAGAAACAUCUGGUAUGUGAAAUGGAAGUUGGAAUGGGAAGUGGUGGGCAAUGAACAAGUAUGAGGGAAGGGUUGGAGCUGGGGCAAUAGGAAGGGGCCUGGGGCCAUUGGCUGCACUAACUUUGGUAGUUGUCUAGACAGUGUGUGUCUAGAGUGGGAGGGGGAGGGAGCUAAGCUGGGGCAGGGCUGCUUGGGGCUUGGCAUAGGGGUGGGAAGGGCUAUCUUGGGGAUCGGCUCACACUGUGUUAUGUGUGGAAGGGUGCCCUCCUGUGUCCCACGACUUCUGCUGUAACAAUAAACUGUAGAGGAACUGA